GGCUUUCAUUCAGCAGAGAAACAUGUGCACUGCUCCCCUAAUUCACUUUCUGUAAACCCAGGGCUCUGAACAGUAUUGAUCACUGGCAUUCAAUGAGAGGAUUAACAGGAUUUCACACAAGGCUUGGACACUAACUGGUGCACAAUUGGAACUUGGUACUGCUGCAUAAUGGGUUACAAAGCGACAUCCAUGCAUUGUGUCUUAAGAUGCCUGUGCUUCAUGCUUCUCCAUUUGUUUAGUGCAGCUCAAGAUGAAGAAAUAAGAAGUUGUAGGACCGCCCCAUGUGAUUUGGUCUUUAUUCUAGACGGCUCUUGGAGUGUAGAAGAUGUCAAUUUUGAACUAAUAAAGCAUUGGCUUGUCAACAUAACAUCAAGCUUCAACAUUGGACAGAAGUUUACCCAGGUUGGAGUUGUCCAGUACAGUGAUGACCCCAUUAUAGAAAUACCCCUGGGGAAGCAUUUCUCCAGCAAAGAACUCAUCAAAGCGAUGGAGUCCAUUGAUUACAUGGGAGGAAAUACAAGGACUGGAACGGCCAUUAAGUUUGCUACAGACAAAGUGUUUGGCUUUUCUGAGCGUGGACCGGCAGGUAUUUCCAGGAUUGCUGUUGUUCUCACAGAUGGGAAGUCUCAAGAUGAGGUUUUGAAAGCAGCGGAGGCAGCGAGAAAAAAAGGAGUCAUUCUGUUUGCAAUUGGUGUUGGGUCAGAGACAGAAGAGUCCGAGUUGAACGACAUUGCAAACAAGCCAUAUUCAAAAUAUGUCUUCUCGGUUGAGGACUACAAAGGUAUUUCCAGGAUCAUACAGAUCAUUCGACAGAAACUCUGUGAAGAGACUGUUUGUCCAGCCAAAAUCCCCACAGACUCCCGUGAAGAAAAGGGUUUUGAUAUUCUGUUACAUUUAAAUUUGGCAAAAAAAGCAAAGAAGACUCAAGGGGCAUAUUACGGCACCAAGGCCUAUCAAGUGACAUCUCGCGUCGACUUGAGUGAAGCCACACGGACCCUUUUUCCCGAUGGCCUGCCGCCAUCAUACGUUUUUGUGGCCACACUGAGGUAUACAGGAGCGGUGGCAAUGGAGGAAUGGGAUGUGUGGAGAAUACAGACGCGCGAUGGGAAACCUCAGAUGGCGGUGACUCUAAAUGGAGAACAGUUCACAGUAAUGUUCACCACAACCAGCGAGGAUCCCAGUGGAAUUCAAACUGUGACAUUUUCACAGCAAACAGAAAGGCUGUUUGAUGAGAAAUGGCACCAGCUGCGUCUGCUGGUCACCGAGGAUGAUGUGACUCUUUAUGUUGAUGACCUGGUAAUUGAUACCAAAACCUUGGAGCCCCCUGUUGGUAUUUUCAUCAAUGGAAAAACACAAGUCGGGAAAUAUGUCAGCAAGGAAACAACGGUCCCGUUUGAAAUCCAGAAACUUCGCAUUUACUGUGACCCAGAGCAGAAUAACCGAGAGACUGCAUGUGAAAUUCCCGGGGUUUGCUACAGUCCCGAUUACGCUGAACCAACUCAACAACCCUGUGUUUGUCCUCCUGGAUCCCCUGGAACACCAGGAAUAAAGGGGGAACAAGGAUACACUGGCAAAGCUGGUCAGCCUGGACCUGCUGGUGCUGAUGGUAAGCCUGGUAUCCCCGGGAUUAGAGGAAGUCCAGGGCUACCAGGUCCAACAGGAGUAAAGGGUUCCCGCGGGUCAGAUGGGUACAAAGGCGAUCAAGGAAGGCCAGGUGUUUCGGGUGAGAGGGGUGUGCCUGGAUUACAAGGACCAGCUGGACAACAAGGAGAGAAGGGUUCAAUAGGAUUAACAGGAAUUGCAGGGUUACCUGGAAAGGCUGGGCAAGUGGGAGAAAAGGGAAAUUCGGGACCUCCUGGGCCACCAGGUUUUCCUGGAGAACCUGGUUUACCUGGAAGAGAUGGAAAGGACGGAUUUCCAGGGAGUGAAGGUCAAAAGGGAGAAGCUGGGACUGGUGGUAUUCCUGGUGUUGAUGGAAGGGAAGGCCAUCCUGGUAUGCCUGGAUUGCCAGGAAUUGCAGGCUUAAAUGGACUAAAGGGGGAAGCUGGUUUGCCUGGAUCCAGGGGCUUCACAGGAUCUGCUGGAACUCAUGGUGAAAUGGGUUUACCUGGCGCACCUGGUUUUAAAGGAUCAAUUGGACCUAAGGGGAAUAAGGGUGAAAGUGGAAGUCCAGGUAUACAAGGAACCCCGGGGCCUGUGGGGAGCGCAGGAGAACCGGGGACAGCAGGUCAGCUGGGGCACCCGGGCAUGCCAGGCCUGAUGGGCAGCAAGGGACAAAGAGGAAAUGCAGGUGACAGAGGAGAGAAGGGAAUUAACGGUGAAAAAGGAGAGCAGGGUCGGCCAGGGGGACCUGGCUCCACUGGUUCAAUGGGACUUAAAGGAGAGAAAGGGACAGCAGGAGAUGCUGGGCAGAGAGGUCAAGAAGGUCAUGUGGGACGGCCCGGACAAUCAGGCCAGUCUGGCCAACCCGGUCCCAGAGGGCUGCCAGGGGACAUUGGUCCAGGUGGCCCACCAGGACCUGAAGGAAGACCUGCAAGUCAAAUGUCGGACAAUCACAUUCGGCAAAUCUGCAGAGAGAUCCUUCAGUCUGAGCUGCCUAUAUUAAUGCUGAGCAAGCAGCAGAGCAGCUGUACAAGAUGUCAAAGCCGGCCUGGAUCUCCUGGUCCUCCAGGGCCAACUGGGCUCCAGGGACUCCGAGGUCCUUCUGGACUUAGUGGCUCCAGGGGACAGCCAGGCCACCCUGGUCGGCCAGGGCACCCCGGUGUUAAUGGGUUGAAAGGAGAACAAGGUUACAAGGGUGAGAAAGGGAGCCCGGGUCGGACCACCAAUGGAGACCAAGGGCCACCAGGGCCUCCAGGUCCAAUGGGUCCCCAGGGAUACGGAAAGUCAGGUACUCCGGGUGAGACUGGAUCUCCUGGUCUGAACGGAGCAGAGGGUAAAAGUGGUAAUCCUGGCAUCCCCGGUCAGCCAGGGGUGUGUGAUCCAUCCAUGUGCUAUGGUAGCAUGAUGAGGCGGAAUCCUUACAGCAAAGGGCCAAACUAUUGACGUUAUGCAGCGUCACUGCAGGCGACAGUCUCCAGCUGAUGUAGAACAGUCAUUCUCAGGAAGAUCUAAUCAUUACAGUUUCUCUAUCAUGGAAACAAAACGGACCUCUGCCAACACCUUUUCUGUGAUCUCAGACUAGAUCCCAUCACAUUCUCUGGCUUCUUUUCUGGUAUUGAAUUCACAUGUCUUUCAACAUGUUUUUAAUGGUGUUAAGAUAAUUAAUAAUUGGCACCAUCUAAAACAUCUCAUCUGACCACCAUAAACUUCAUGUUGCUCUCUACAUUUCUACCCCUCAAUGAAUGUGUCAUACAUCUUCAGUUAAAAAACCACACAACCUCUAUGAUCUAUAAAUUCCAUGUUCAGUGAGUUAUUUCCCCAUAAAUGAUGUGUGAAAUUGGCAUGUUUCAAGACUGUGAUUUCCUGUAGCUGAGUAUGAGCUACCUGUGUUGCUAAAGCAUUCAGUGGGACUGUUAAGCACUUAAGCCUUUAUAAAGACUUUUACAACAGUUAAUAAUGUGUAUCACCCAAGAUUAAUUAAUAUGUUUCCCCAUGUCACGUAACCCACUCAUUUAAAUGUCCUUUUAUUCCAUCUAGGAAGUAAAACGUUUAAUCGCCACAGAGCAUGCUGAUAUUUUACUUUGAAAUUUGAUGUCAUUUAUGUUCCAGAAGCUUACCUUACAUUACUGUAGCAGGUAUUUUAUUGUUAUUUAUAAAAGAGACGUAAUUGUGUAUUUCUACAUUGACAUGUUUUAAACUGCUUUUGUAAUUAUAUUAUUUUGUGUUAUGGUGAUUUUGUAUGAACUUCUUUUCUAGAAGUAAAACAUAAUAAUGAUUUUUGAAGAUA